UCCUCCAGCCCGUGCCCAGGUGCCCGUCACCCCCGCGCCCGCGGACACACGCAGGACCUGCUUCCAGACCCCACCAGGCCCCCGGCCCUCCCGCCAUGGACCCCAGCGCGCGCCCCGGCGCGGCCCCCGCCGACCCCCGGCAGCCGAGCGCGCUGGCCGCGCCGCGGUCGCUGUUGCUGCUGCUGCUGCUGCUGCUGUCGGCGCUCGCCGCCCUGCACGCCGGCCGCUGGCUGCUGCGGGCGCGGCGCCGGGCGCCCGGCUCGCCCCCCGGCCCGUUCCCGUGGCCGCUGCUGGGCAACGCGGCGCAGCUGGGCGGGGUCCCGCACCUGGCCUUCGCGCGGCUGGCGCGGCGCUACGGCGACGUGUUCCAGCUGCGCCUGGGCCGCUGCCCCGUGGUGGUGCUGAACGGCGAGCGCGCCAUCCGCCAGGCGCUGGUGCACCAGGGCGCCGCCUUCGCCGACCGGCCGCCCUUCGCGUCCUACGGCGAGGUGUCCGGCGGCCGCAGCCUGGCCUUCGGCCGCUACUCGGAGCGCUGGGCGCAGCGGCGACGCGCGGCCCACCGCACCCUGCGCGCCUUCUCCACGCGCAGCCCGGGCGGCCGCCGCUCCCUCGAGGGCCACGUGCUGGGCGAGACGCGCGAGCUGGUGGCGCUGCUGGUGCGACGCAGCGCGGGCGGCGCCUUCGUGGACCCGCGAGAGCCGCUGCAGGUGGCCGUGGCCAACGUCAUGAGCGCCGUGUGCUUCGGCUGCCGCUACCGGCACGACGACGCCGAGUUCCUGGAGCUGCUCAGCCACAACGCGGAGUUCGGGCGCGCCGUGCGGGCCGGCAGCCUGGUGGACGUGCUGCCCUGGCUGCGGCGCUUCCCCAACCCCGUGCGCUCCGCUUUCCGCAAGUUCCAGCGCCUCAACCGCGACUUCAGCCUCUUCGUGCACCGCAAGUUCCUGCAGCACCGAGAGAGCCUGCGGCCCGGGGCGCCCCCGCGCGACCUCCUGGACGCGCUCCUGCUCCCCGCGCGCGACGGCGCCCCACCGCUCGACCUGCAGGACGUGCCGGGCACCGUCACCGACGUCUUCGGCGCCAGCCAGGACACGCUGUCCAGCGCGCUGCACUGGCUGGUCCUUCUCUUCAUCAGGUACCCUGCAGAGCAGGCUCGGGUCCAGGCCGAGGUGGACAGCGUGGUGGGCAGAGGGCGCCUGCCCUGCCUGGCCGACCAGCCCCGCCUGCCCUACGUGAUGGCUUUUGUCUACGAGGCCAUGCGCUUCUCCAGCUUCAUGCCCGUGACCAUCCCUCAUGCCACCCGGGCCAGCACCUCCGUCCUGGGCUACCACAUCCCCAAGGACACGGUGGUCUUCAUCAACCAGUGGUCGGUGAAUCACGACCCCACCCAGUGGCGCGAUCCCAAGCACUUUGACCCCGCGCGCUUUCUGGAUGCCAGUGGCCAGCUGGACAGUGACCUGGCCAGCCGCGUGAUGGCCUUCUCGCUGGGCCGGCGGCGCUGCAUCGGGGAGGAGCUGUCCAGGCUGCAGUUGUUCCUCUUCACGGCCGUCCUGGCGCACCAGUGUCACUUCUGCGGCCACCCCCAGCAGCGUGAGGUCCACUUCGACUAUGGCCUGACCAUCAAGCCGCAGGCCUUUCAGGUGCACGCGUCGCUGCGGGGCUCCAUGCAGCUGCUGGACCAGGCCGCCCAGAGCCUACCGGCCGGGGUGCCGGGGAGCAGCUCCGGGGCUUUCUAGCUGUGGCUCAGUGCUCAGGGCACUAAGGUGCCUCCUCCCCGCCCCCUGAGU